GUAUAAAUAUUUCAGUUUUCCAUUGUCUUGUUCAGAAAAUGAAGCAGCAUUUGUGUGUGAUCGUUUUCCUCCUUCACCUGCAACAAAAAUGGCUUCUUGCAAAUGCAGACACGUUCAUAAGAAGCAGAGGAGUCCAUUUCAUGCUCAACGGCGCCCCUUUCUACGCCAACGGCUUCAACGCCUACUGGCUCAUGUACCAAGCCUCCGACCCUUCUCAGCGCCCCAAAGUCUCCACCGCCUUCCGCCAGGCCGCCUCCCACGGCCUCACCGUCGCAAGAACCUGGGCCUUCAGCGACGGCGGCUACCGCCCCCUGCAGCCGUAUCCCGGCUCCUACAAUGAGCAAAUGUUCAAGGGACUGGAUUUUGUAGUGGCAGAAGCAAGGAGAUAUGGGAUUAGGCUGAUAUUGAGUUUGGCCAAUAAUUAUGAGAGUUUUGGUGGGAAGAAGCAGUAUGUGAAUUGGGGUAGAAGCAGAGGACAGUAUCUCACUUCUGAUGAUGAUUUCUUCACAAACUCUAUGGUUAAAGGCUUCUACAAGAAUCAUAUUAGGAGUGUGCUUAACAGAUACAAUACAUUCACUGGAGUGAUCUACAAAAAUGACCCAACAAUCAUGGCUUGGGAACUCAUGAAUGAGCCCAGAUGCACCUCUGAUCCCUCAGGCAGAGCUAUUCAGGCAUGGAUAAUGGAGAUGGCUUCUUAUGUGAAGUCCAUAGACAGAAACCAUUUGGUCGAAGCCGGCUUGGAAGGCUUCUACGGCCCGUCAUCGCCUCAGAGAAGCAGAUUGAAUCCAGUCUCCAACAUCGGGACAGACUUCAUUGCAAACAACAUGGUUCCCGCGGUUGAUUUUGCAACCGUGCAUUCCUAUCCCGAUCAAUGGCUAUCAAACACAAAUGAUCAGAAUCAGGUGUCUUUCAUGAGCAAAUGGCUUGACACACACAUUCAAGAUGCUGAGCGCGUUCUGCGGAAGCCUAUACUGAUCGCGGAAUUUGGGAAAUCGUGGAGAGACAGAGGGUUCAGCCCGUACGAGAGGGACGCGCUGUUCAGCGCUGUGUAUUUGAAGAUCUACGAGUCAGCCAAGCGCGGUGGAGCUGCUGGUGGAGGACUGUUCUGGCAGCUGCUGGCCCCGGGCAUGGACAACUUCGGAGAUGGGUACGAGAUCAUCCUGAGCGACAAGAGGCAGAGCUCGACCGCAAACCUAAUAGCACAGCAGGCUCAUAAACUGUACCAGAUCAGAAAGUGGUUUUGGAGGAGCAUCAAAGGGAGACGCAUCCACAACUGAUUACAAGACUCUUUAUCUCUUGUCUUGUCUCUCUUUCUUUGGGAUGGAUUAUGGAUGAUGAUGAGUGUUCAUCCAGGAGGGUAGGUUAAGCAAGAAACAAGAGAUGGAUAUAUAUUAGUAUAAGAUCUGGAUGCAGCUGUAGAAUUAUAUACUAUGAUGUUUGAGUGAGUUUAAGAUGAAUGUGUGACAAUAUCUAAUAAGAGAUGUAUUAAUGAUGGGGGAACAUUUAAUUUUAGAAUCAUAUUGUAGAAUUUCAAAAAAAAUUCCUACUCAAUGAUACUCCUCCGCGAUAUAAAGUCCCAUUUACCAUUUA